AUGGCUACGAAAAGAAAGGCUGCGGCCAUGACUGCCGUGGAAGAUGAUGAACCAGUAGACCCUUCGGAUGAGCUUGUGUUUAUUGGGUUAGGUGGUUGUCAAGAAGUUGGUCGAUCGUGUCAUAUCCUACAAUACAAGGGCAAGACUGUCAUGCUCGAUGCUGGCAUGCACACAGGUCGGGAAGGGAUGUCGGCCAUGCCCUAUUUUGACGACUUCGAUCUAAGCACUGUGGACAUCCUGUUAAUCAGCCAUUUCCAUCUGGACCACGCAGCCGCACUGCCUUAUGUCCUCGCCAAAACGGACUUCAAAGGGCGCGUAUUCAUGACACAUCCAACCAAGGCAAUCUACAAAUGGCUGAUCCAGGACUCUGUCCGAGUGAGCAAUACAACAUCUACUUCGGAUCAAAGGACCUCGCUGUACACCGAAGCUGACCACAUCUCUACUCUUCCUCAAAUUGAGACGAUCGACUUCUACACGACGCAUACCGUUUCGGGCAUUCGGAUAACACCGUAUCCGGCCGGGCACGUCCUUGGGGCUGCUAUGUUUUUGAUCAAUAUCGCUGGACUCAACAUCUUCUUUACCGGGGACUACUCUCGAGAGCAGGACCGACAUCUUGUGGCUGCCGAGGUUCCAAACUCCUCGAGUGUGGGCAAGAUAGAUGUCCUCAUCACCGAGUCUACAUUUGGCAUUUCAAACGCACCUCCCCGCGCAGAGCGGGAGACUGCUCUCCUGAAGUCUGUCUCCAACAUCUUGGGCCGUGGUGGGAAAGUUUUGAUGCCAGUUUUUGCGCUCGGUCGAGCACAAGAGUUGCUGCUCAUCCUCGAGGACUACUGGCAACGGCACCCGGAACUCCAGAAGUUUCCCAUCUAUUACACCGGCAAUACGGCACGAAAAUGCAUGGUGGUGUACCAGACGUAUAUCAACGCCAUGAAUGACAACAUCAAACGCAUCUUUCGAGAGAGAAUGGCCGAAGCUGAAGCAGCUGGCAACGCGAAAGGCGUCAGUGCAGGCCCCUGGGACUUCCGGUUUGUGCGAAGCCUGCGAAACCUAGACCGAUUUGACGAUGUGGGAGGAUGUGUAAUGUUGGCAUCGCCUGGCAUGAUGCAAUCGGGCAUGUCCCGCAUCUUGCUCGAAAGAUGGGCACCCGAUCAACGCAAUGGAGUCAUAAUGACAGGUUACAAUAUCGAAGGCACCAUGGGCCGGACUAUUCUGUCAGAGCCAGAGAUGAUCCCCGCCAUCAUGAGCGGGGGCAAUACAGGCCUGGGCAACACCAUGGGUCGCAGAAACAAAGACGACGAUGCCGCUGUGAUGAUCCCCCGACGGUGUUCGGUGGAGGAAUUCCAGUUCGCAGCCCACGUUACCGGAGUUGAGAAUGUAGAAUUCAUUGAGCAAGUCGCUGCACCCCACGUUAUUCUAGUCCACGGAGAACGUUCCCAAGCGGCACGACUCAGAUCGAGGCUCCUGGAUCUGAACUCGCGCCGAUUGACAAGCAAUCCGAACGCACAACAAACAAAAGUGUACAGCCCAGAAAAUGGCGCAGAAAUCAAAAUUCCCUUCAGAAAGGACAAAGUGGCCAAAGUGGUGGGAAAACUGGCACAGAUUCCUCCUCCUGCAUCUGCCGAAGAGGAUGAUACGAGAGUGGUCAGUGGAGUUCUGGUACAGAACGGCUUCAAGCUCAGCUUGAUGGCGCCGGAGGAUCUUCGCGAAUACGCCGGCCUCACCACCACGACUAUUCUGUGCCGGCAACACAUCACUCUGGCUGCAGCUGGCGUGGAGCUCAUUAAAUGGGCUCUGGAAGGCACUUUUGGGAGCAUUGAGGAGGUCGGUCACAUCAAGGCCGAAGUAAAUGGGCAUCCUGUCAAGGUCGAGAGCGAUAAGAUGAAUGGAGAAAACGGGAUGAAAGCCGAAGAAGAAGCCGACGAGGAAAUUGUCGCGGAGCCACCGCGAACGUUCCUCAUCAUGGGGUGCGUCACGCUCAAGUGGUCGGGACGGGAGAAGCAGGUCGAACUGGAAUGGGAAGGCAACACCAUGAACGAUGGUAUUGCAGACGCAGUCAUGGCUGUACUAAUGACUGUGGAGAGCAGUCCGGCAGCCGUCAAAUACUCAUCGAGCAGGUCGGCUCAUUCACACCAUGGCCACGAGCAUGACAAUGGCGUCAAGCCACUGACCAACGAACUGAUCAAGCUCUCUCCCCAGGAUCGGUUCUCGAGACUAUGUAUGUUCCUGGAAGAACAGUUCGGUGAUAACAUCACCCCGAUAAACAAACCGCGCACAGUUCACCCACCAGACCGCAAAACCCAAGUGUCUGGUGGAAUCGAAGGGGUCAAAAAAGAGGAGAACGACGAGGAGGAGGCGGCGGAUGAUUCAGAUGAGGAAGCUGAUCUUGAACGUGCUGAAGCCGAAGAGCGCGCAAGGCUGGCCGCAGUCGGGAUUCCCGUACCAGGACUGGAAAUCCGGUUCGACAAACAUGUGGCAAGGUUAUGGCUGGAGAAUCUGGACGUGGAAUGCGCUAAUGCCGUCCUACGAGAUCGGAUCAAGGCCGUCGUGGAGAGAGCGGUGGAAACUAUUGCUCCUCUUUGGGCUGUGCAUGGCCAGAGGCCCAAGGUCUGA